GGGAGGAGGCAGGGGUAUCCUUUAUCUCCGACCUCCUUCGUUCAUCUGAGACUGGCCCCUCUCCUAUUUUUCUCCGGCUUCCUUUUGAUGCCUCCCCAGUUUCUACCUCUGUCUCGUUCCCUGGGUCUCUCUCUCUCCCAGUCUCAGUCUCUCCCCAUCUGUCUCUCUCUUUGGGUCCCUCUCUUUCCUUCUGCAUCUGCCUUUCUGUCUCCGGGCACCUUCUGCCACUCAGACCCCUCUCCCCUAAAUUUUUAAAAUUUUCUCUCUCUUCUCUCUCUCUCUCUCUCUCUCUCUCUCUCUCGCAUUCUUCUCUCUGUUAAGACCUUUGCCCCAUCCCCAAUUUCUCUCCCCACUUUUUCUUUCUUUCUCUCCCUCUCUCUCUCUCCCAUCCUCGCAGUCUCUCUCUGUCUUUCUCUCCCCAUCUGUCUCUCCUCCCCCUCUCUGGAUGACUCUCUCUCUGUCCCUUCUUUCCUUCUGUUACCCAGAUCCUGACCCCCAUCCUCUCCCUCGCCCCAAUCUUUCCCCAUCCCCCAUUUCUUCCCCAGUCCCUGCGUUUCUCUGUUUGCAUCUCUGCCUCUGUCCCCUUCUCUCUCUGGAUAUUUCUCUGUGUGUGUGUGUGUCUCCCUCUCCAACUUCCUUCUGCUACCAGCCGCUGCCUCCCCCAAAUUUCUCCCUCCCCCAUUUCUGUUUCCCCGACUCUGGGUCUCUCUCUUUCCGCUUCUCCUGGCUCUGUCUCUCUCCCUCCCUCUCUGGGUCUCUCUCUUUUUCCCCAGCUUCUUUCUGCCACCCAGACCCUGCCCCCCAUCACUUCCCUCCCCCCAAUCCAUCUCCUCUCCGUGGCUCCCCCAUCCUCAGCGGCUCCCCUCCCCCUCCCUCCCUCCUCCUUCCCUCUCUCGUCCUCCAGCUCCGCACUUUACCCAGCGACACGGGAACCAAAUUGUCUCCUCACCUUCUUUUCCCCCAUCCCGACCCCCUCUCCCUCGGGGCCCGAGCUCAGAGCUGCCCCUCAGCCUCCCCUCCCACCUCAACACCCAUUCCCCGGACGCCUCUUCAUCUCCACCCCCCAACCAGGUCGGACGCCUGGGUCCCUCGCUGCUGGGGGAGGGGGAGCAGUGAGAAUUGGGAGCCACAAGGGUUUUCCUGGGGGGGUUGCCGACGGGGGCUCAACGUCCCCUCCCCCGUGCAUCGGAGAGUUGACCUAUCGUUAACAGAGACCCAGUGAGGGCCAGCUGAUGGGGGCGGAAGAGGCCAAGGUCACCCUGGUACUGGGACCCAGAAUCAGCUGCCGACCAUGGCUGCCUUCUGACCCCGUCCCCGGCCUCAGCCUCCUCCUCGCCGCCCCCUCCCCAGCCCCUGGCCCCGGGCCCCCCACUUCUGCCUGCGCUGUGACCCCCCCAGCCGCCGGCACGGCCCCGCCCCCGCUGCCCCGGUGGUGGCCCACGGCCCCCCGGCUGCCCGUGGUCAAACUGGAGUCGCUGAAGCGCUGGAACGAAGAGAGGGGCCUCUGGUGCGAGAAGGGGGUGCAGGUGUUGCUCACCACGGUGGGCGCCUUCGCAGCCUUCGGCCUCAUGACCAUUGCCAUCAGCACGGACUACUGGCUCUACACGCGCGCCUUCAUCUGCAACACCACCAACCUCACGGCUGGCGACGACGGGCCCCACCACCGCGGGGGCAGUGGCUCCUCGGAGAAGAAGGACCCCGGCGGACUCACCCACUCGGGCCUCUGGAGGAUCUGCUGCCUGGAAGGGUUGAAAAGAGGCGUCUGCGUGAAGAUCAACCAUUUCCCGGAGGACACGGACUACGACCAUGACAGCGCGGAGUAUCUGCUCCGAGUCGUCCGGGCCUCCAGCAUUUUCCCCAUCCUCAGCGCCAUCCUGCUGCUGCUCGGGGGCGUGUGCGUGGCGGCCUCCCGGGUCUACAAGUCCAAGAGGAACAUCAUUCUGGGAGCAGGGAUCCUGUUCGUGGCAGCAGGCCUGAGCAACAUCAUCGGCGUGAUCGUGUACAUCUCGGCAAACGCGGGCGAGCCGGGCCCGAAGCGGGACGAGGAGAAGAAGAACCAUUACUCGUACGGCUGGUCCUUCUACUUCGGCGGGCUGUCGUUCAUCCUGGCCGAGGUGAUCGGCGUGCUGGCCGUCAACAUCUACAUCGAGCGCAGCCGCGAGGCGCACUGCCAGUCUCGCUCGGACCUGCUCAAGGCCGGCGGGGGCGCGGGCGGCAGUGGCGGGAGCGGCCCCUCGGCCAUCCUCCGUCUGCCCAGUUACCGCUUCCGCUACCGCCGCCGCUCCCGCUCUAGCUCCCGCUCCAGCGAGCCGUCGCCGUCGCGGGACGCGUCUCCCGGCGGCGCCGGGGGCCCGGGCUUCGCCUCCACGGACAUCUCCAUGUACACGCUCAGCCGCGACCCGUCCAAGGGCAGCGUGGCCGCGGGGCUGGCUAGCGCCGGUGCCGGCGGCGGGGCGUACGGCGGCGCGGCGGGGGGCGCGGGGGGCGGCGGCGGCGGCGGCGGCGGGGCGGGCUCAGAGCGGGACCGCGGGGGGGCGUCCGGCUUCCUCACGCUGCACAACGCCUUCCCCAAGGAGGCGGGCGGCGGCGUCACGGUCACGGUCACCGGGCCGCCCGCCGCGCCUGCGCCCGCCGCGCCUGCGCCCGCCGCGCCCGCGCCCGCCGCGCCAGCCCCCGGGACCCUGGCCAAGGAGGCCGCCGCCUCCAACGGCAACACGCUCAACAGGAAAACCACACCCGUGUAGGGGCGCGACGGGGGGCGCCGAGGGGGGCGUGUCCGGGGCGCGUGCGCGGGCGCGCGUGCAACGAGGCUGCCGGGGGUCGGGGGUGCCCCCCUCCUUCCCCGUGAGCGCGCUGGAGACUGCUUGGUGCUCCCCCGCGCCCCUCCCCACCUCUCGGGCGUGGGGGAGCGCCCGCCACCCUCCGAAUCAGGGACCCUGAGGGAGGGGGAAGGGAAGGGAGGGGGCCGUUGGGAGGGAGCGUCGUGUUUUAUUUAUUUUUUGUGGGGGGGAGGGGGAGGGCUGUGGUGUUUUCUGCAGUUUUGAGAUGUUUUCUUUUUAAUGUUUUGCUGUGUGCAUGUGGGGGCGGGGCACGGAGGAGGGACUCCCAGCCCAGCCCAACUCCUGGAGAGGGACCCAUAACACACGACUAUAUAGUUAUACCUGCAGACUAUAUAUAUGCUCUAUGUAAAGAGACAGAAAGAUAAAAGAGGGAUGCAGAAAGGCAAAGUGACAAGGGACAGACGUGGGCAUUCGUUCACUUCUUCACUCAUCCUUCCACAAGGGCUUUAAAAGCACCUGCUAUGUACCAGCAUGGCGCUGGGAGGGAACGUAAACAGUCCCAGAGACAAACUUGAUCAUUCAUUACCAGCAAUUUAUUUGUGUAUUUAAGUGCCAGGGAUUGUGCCAAAUGCUGAGCCUACAGAAGGAGGGAAGUCAGAUAGGGUCCCCAACAUCCUCAUAGAGUUUACAUCUUGUGCAUGAGACAGACAUUAAUCCAAGAAAUGUAUACACCACAGUAAGUUACAGUUAGGGCAAAGGAGAAAUCCAAAAUGCUCCUUCAGGGAGGCUUAGCCCAGUUUAAAAGGAAGGGAUAUUUUAGCUAAUACAAAAGGAUGACAAGAAGCCAGCCAGGUGAAGCUGGAGGGAAGUGUCUUAGCCAGAGAACAGCAUAUGCAAAGGCCCUGGGGCAGGAAGAGCUUCCAGAGAAGGCUAACAUGUACUAGUGAGCCACAUGCAGACGGAACAAGAUGAGGCUGGAGACGAAGGCAGGGCCAGACUGCCCAGGGACUUGUAGGUCAGGUCAAGAGUUUAGAUUUACUUUGAGGGCAGUGGGGAGACAUGGAAUGGCUUUAAACAGGAUCAUAACAUGAAUGGUACAGAAAGGGAGGAAGGAACUCAGAGAUGAGAGUGAGAGGCAGAGACAUGCUGAAAUACAGCAUCAGACACAGGCACUGGCCCUUCAAACUCUCACUCGUGGGAGGGAGCAGAUAAUCACACAAAUACUGAAGCACAGGCAUGGUGUCUGGUGUGCAGGAGAAACACUAGGACUUAGAGAUUCAUGUUUCACUCAUCCAUUAAUUCAGCCAUUCACUCCUUAACGUUUUUGAGCAUCUGCUAAUGUACCAGGCAGUGUAUUAGUAUCAGGAUCCCCACUGGUGCUCUCAAGGAGUCAAAAACCGAACUCCAGGCAGGGCGAUCGGUGCUGUAACAGGGACCAGGCUAGGCAGCUUGACCAGAGAAGAAGAGACAGAGUGACCAACUGACAAGAGUGGGUAGUACUUGGGGAAACUUCCUGGAGAACAUUAGACCCAGGCUGGGUUUCAAAAGGAUGAGUGAUGAAGGGGGUGAGGAAAGCUUUCAUGGGAAAAAAACAACUCGAGUCAGCUUGGGGGGGAUAUAAGAGCAUGAUGUAUUGGGGACAGGGCUCAUCCUUUGGGGAGAUAAGACCAGAGAAGCAGCUAGAAGACAGAGUCUAAGGAUGCUAGGGUUCCCGGCUGAGGAGUUUGGACUUUAUUCUAAGGGUAGCAGGAGACACGGGAGAGCUUGGAGCAGGUGAAGGGCAGUAUUAGACGUGGGUGUCAGAAGGAGGCACCUGGGAUGUGGGAAAGGGCUAGACAGGAGGCCAGUGCUGUGGGAUAGAUGAGAGAGGGUGGCAGCUGAGCUGGGAAAGGGCUCUGGGGGUAGAGGGAUGGGGGGAAUGGAUUUGAAGGUCACUGAGGACACAGAAGGGACAGUGCUCAGUGGGUUUCCCUUCAUUUGCUCAGCAAAGAUUUCCCAAGGUCCCCCAUCUGCCAGGUCUUGUGAUGGACUAGAAGACUGGAGGGCAGGGGACCGGGGAGGGUUUCCAUGGGGGCAAUGUUGGAAAGAGAUGCUGGGAAACAGAGGGAAAGGAAUACAACUAGCGGGACAGAGGGGAACUUAGUGUAGGGAUGAUAAACGGAGGGAAGAACAGGGAGAGACAAAUUUGGUGGAAGACGGGUGCAGAGCUGGCUAGGGGGUAGUGGGUUCUAGAGUCCAAAGGCCAAACAUAAAGCAAGAAAGAGGUGGAGGAUGGGCAGAAGGGAGAGCGGUGGGAAGGAGGGAAGGUGGGGGAGGAAGGAUGAGGGCAACAGAGACCAAAACUAGGUGAGUCACAGGGACAAAGGAAAAGGUCAAAGACACAGAAAGGUGAUCCAGAAAGGAAAGGAAAACGGACAGGAGAGAGAUUGCCACCAAGAUACACAAGUCAAAACAGAGAAGUCGGGCUUCCCUGGUGGCGCAGUGGUUGAGAGUCCGCCUGCCGAUGCAGGGGACACGGGUUCGUGCCCUGGUCCGGGAAGAUCCCACAUGCUGCGGAGCGGCUGGGCCCGUGAGCCAUGGCCGCUGAGCCUGCGCGUCCGGAGCCAAUGGGAGAGGCCACAACAGUGAGAGGCCCGCGUACUGCAAAAAAAAAAACCAAAAAUAAACAGAGAAGUCUCAGAGAUGCAAAUAUAUAUAUAUACACAGCAAUGGCGGGGUAAAGCUGCAGAGAAAAACGCAGAGAUGUGCCCAGAAAGAAAUGUGGAGACUCAGAAGCACGCACAGGGUAUAGGCUCCAUCUAUUUCUUUUGUUUGUUUUCUUUAUUCAAUAAAGUCAUUGAGUCCCAACCUGUUCUAGACCAGUCUAGGUGCAAGGAAUGUGGUAUGGAACAGAUAGCCAAGGUUUUGCUCUCCUGGAACUCACAGGAGAGACACAAUAAACAAUAUAUAUAAGAAUUUCA